UCGUGUCAGUAGUCGCGCGUUCGUCGAACCGUCGGUGUCGUUGUUUUUCUCGUUCUUUCUUUUCAAGUCUUGACGCGUUUCGUAGUUUCGUUUUCUUAUUUCUCCUCCUAUUCCUCGGGCAUAGUCGUAUUCUUCGAGUUCGCGUUUCUUCUAAAUCGACAGUUAGAUUAUUUCGCGAUAUGUUUCGUCGAGACAAUUUUUUGGAGAAAAUUUGAGAUCGUUAAGAUGUUCGUCGUAAAGUCGAGACGACGACGACAACGACAACGACAACACGUGACCAGUAACCGGCGAUCGAAGGACGUUAAAGUAUCGCGUGUUGUGCUAUCGAGUGUAUAUCUAUUAUAAGGGAGAAUUGAGUGGAAUCAGUGACCCGUGUCCGUGUGGCGUUUCUGACUUCUCAUGGUCUUCGAGAAUAUCGAGAUGCGGAACCCGGGGUUCCUAUUGGAGGACGCCAGACAUGGAUAUAUUCAAUAUAUUAGCCUGAGCGAAUGUUACUUCGCAGGGAAAGGAGCGGCCCUCGUUUUACCACCGAACGAAAGGGCCCGACCCUCGAGGAGAGUAUCCGCGGCAGGAUGCGAUAUUCAGCAACACUUGCAGUCCAUGUUUUAUCUCUUGAGACCCGAGGAAACUCUGAAGAUGGCGGUGAAACUGGAGUCGGUACAUCCAGGAAGGACGAGAUAUCUCGUCGUGGUAUCCUGUACAGGCCGACAGGAUGCCGAGGAAAGUUGCCUUCUCGGUAUCGAUUGUCAUGCCAGAGCAACCGUUGGUCUUGUCCUUCGAGUCCUAGCCGAUACUGCCAUUACUUUAGACGGCGAUGGGGGCUUCAGCGUCAGCGUUUGCGGUCGACAGCACAUCUUCAAGCCGGUCUCUGUUCAAGCCAUGUGGUCGGCCCUGCAAACGUUACACAAGGUGUCGAGCAAGGCGCGCGAGCAAAAUUACUUCCUGGGUGGACUAUCCCAUGACUGGGUCAGUUACUAUGAACAACGAAUCGAGAGCGAUCGGUCGUGCCUCAACGAGUGGCACGCCAUGGAUAAUCUGGAAUCUCGACGACCACCAUCUCCGGACAGUGUACGCACCAAGCCCAGCGAAAGAGACGAGACCGAACGAGUGAUUCGAUCGACCUUAAAGGAGAUCAUGAUGUCGGUGGAUCUCGACGAAGUUACCUCGAAAUACAUCCGAGGAAGAUUGGAGGAAGAUCUAGAUAUGGAUCUGGGUGAAUUUAAACCCUUCAUCGAUCAGGAGAUGCUCACCAUACUGGGACAAAUGGACGCACCUACCGAAAUAUUCGAUCAUGUCUAUCUUGGUAGCGAAUGGAAUGCAAGUAAUUUGGAGGAACUCCAGAAGAAUGGGGUUAGACACAUACUAAACGUGACCCGCGAGAUAGACAAUUUCUUUCCGGGAAUGUUCACGUAUCUCAACGUCCGCGUCUAUGACGACGAGAAGACGGACUUGUUGAAGCAUUGGGACGACACGUUCAAGUACAUAACCAAGGCGAAGAAGGAAGGCUCGAAGGUUUUGGUACAUUGCAAGAUGGGGGUUUCGAGGUCGGCCUCGGUCGUUAUAGCGUACGCAAUGAAGGCAUACAAUUGGGACUUUUCCCAAGCGUGGAAGCACGUCAAGGAGAAGCGCAAUUGUAUCAAACCGAACAACAGUUUUCUCCUGCAGUUGGAAACAUAUCAGGGUAUUUUGGACGCUAUGAAGAACAAGGAAAAACUUCAGAGAUCAAAGUCCGACACUAAUUUAAAGUCUCCUUCGUCAGUGAAGGAUCAGUCGAAGAAGGAAGAGAAAAUCGAUAACAGGAACAAUGGUUUGCAGGAGAUCUCUGGUUUAGAAUUGAAGAAGAGCAAUCAGAGACCCAAGAGUUGGUCGCCCAACGUGGAACUCACGGAGAAUAUGCUUCCGUCCGCACCACUGUCGCAAUCCCUGGAAAGCAUAGACAAGGUAGGAACCAUGGAGGUGACGAGGGAAGACCUUCUUCGUGGUUCGAAUCAAAAAUCGACGAUGGAUCAGGAAGCUCGGAACGUUUUGAUGCCUUGCGACAAUGGCCAGUCUUACAGCGUUUCGCAAAACAAGAUAGUACAUCUUCCAGGACCUGACACACCUUGCACGAAACACAACAAGCUCGCAAAAUCGGAAAUGCAAGGUCAGAGACGGAAAGGUUUGGUUCUGAAUUUGACGAAUCAAUUCGAGGCAGCUAGUAGCAAGCCGUCCUCUCCGGGUUCGGAUUCGGACGGUAAACCGUUGCCACAAAGUCCUGAGAUCGAGGAGAAACUAUUGGAGAAUGGUCUUGAUCGAUCUCAGGGUGGUGGUACGUCAUCGGAUGCUUUGACGGUCGAACAAGUGGUCUGGGAUCCGGGUGAGAAGAGACGUAGAAAGAAGGAACAGGACGGAGAGAAUGUAAUAAACGAUAGUGAAUGUCUAGUCUGGACUGCAUCGGCCGAUGCAACGUGCCCCGACUCGUGCAAUAGCCUCAAGGCUAACGGAGAAAUAGUGAAUAACAUUGAGAGCAGUGAGUGUGUCGCGUGUGGACCAACGACUACGACGGCGACGACGACGGCGACGACGACGACGACGACGACGACGACGACGACGACGACGACGACGAGUAGUCUCGGUAGAAAAGUGAAAAGGGAUGGUGAUCCGUUCAGUGCACAGUUGGACAGGGUGUUUGAUCGCGAAGAAAGACGCGGCGAACCAACUACGAGAGAUUCACCGAGCAGACAGAGUUCCUGGAGCAGUUACGAUAGCGCGGUCGUUCUUGAUAACAAUUCGGUGCAUAGCUCGUGGGCCACCCUACCUUCGAGAAACAGUUCCUGGGGAUCAUACGACAUGAGACCCUCCGACCUUUUAGGAUCCAGCGGUCUUUUUCCUUACGACAAAGAGGAAAUACCUUGGCAUCCUGGUACGGUCAAACGUACCAAACAAAAGCUCGAAGAAGGUGCCAGCACUGCCGCCGUUAAACGCGUUUGUACUCAAAAUUCCGAUACGGAGGACAAGGAUAGAUUGACGGCCGAGUCGGAAGAGGUUCCUGUCGAAGGUUACAAUUCUCUUCUUCUUCAUCACACAUCUUCGCCUACACCACGAAGAAGGGAUUCCUCGCCUACCCAAGAAACCUCUAAUCUCAAGAUAGAGACAGCGAGAAAUUCACCAAGUCCGCUCGGUGGUAUCGAUAUUUCACCGGUUUCGAUACGACAAGUUGGAAGAUUGUCUACGAGCGCUCCGGCCCCGUCAUCCUUAUCCUCUGACACGGAUCUACCUUCCUCCUUGAGAUCGUGCAGAUCUGAAAGCGAAACGUCCAGUCCCUGCGUCGUUAAUACCACCCAAUGUCCCUCGGUGAAACACCAUAAGAUGGUCCUCGAGAAUCUUAGCAACAAAUCGAUCUUUAGCAAACGAUGUCUCUCCGUGGACGACUCGCCGGAAUCCGAGUGUCCACGGAGUACUUCUGGCAUCGUGAAGAAUCUCAAGAAGGAGUUUGAGGCAAAAUCAACGAAAUUAGAAAAGAGCUUCGUCGAGGGUGCCUGUGAUAAUCACGAGGGCUCCUCGAUGAUAGUUCGACCGAAGAGGGACGUUAAAAUUCGAAGUUUGCCAUCCUCUCCGGUAAUACCUCACAAUGAAUCAAAGAUCCAAGCCUCGUCUAGCGUCGGUGAAACCAAAGACAAGGAAGUUAAAGUUAACGAUUCUAGCGUCCAGGACGCUACCGAAGAUCUCUCGGUGAGGGUGUUGGUAGGUAAAUACGAAGUGGCCAAACCAUCGACGGACUCGAAACGAUCAUCGGACGUACAGUUGCGCGGUAACAAGGACAAAGAGUGGAGCGACUCGAUGGAGGUCCAUCCGCCUGCCAAGUCGAAGAUCGCACCAGAGUUUGCUAGAAGAUCGGCCCCUAUCAUGAUCAAUAAUCAUACGAACGCGCUUUUUGGCGAGACGACGACGAUGACGACGACGAUGACGACGGCGACAACAGCGACGACGACGACGACGACGACGACGACAACGACGACGACGACGGGCGAGAUACCGGGUAGACCGCCGGUUCCUUCACCCAGCAUCGUGGUCGCUAGCGUCGUGGCCAAGGCAGCUAGCAAGAAACAACAGCAGCACGGCAGAACUCAUCCGCUUGCCAGGCUGCAGGUCAGGCCUAGGCACAAUAGUCCAGUUUACAAUACCAUGUAAAAUCAAAAAGGAAACGAAGAAAUACUCUUUUGACGUUGUAUGAGCGUAUUACGUCGAUAAAACGACCGAACGUAAUCGCGUUUGCCAACAAGUAGCGAGUCUUACUAGGUUGGCACUUUUAACUAUACCCCCCUCCUCCUUCUCCUCCUCUUCCUCCCAUUCCCCUAUCCGUCCCCAUCACUCACUCUCCCAAUUGCCCGCCACGAUCGAAACCGUGUGAUCUCUUACAUGCCAACGCUCGAGGUUGGUUGCUCCUCGAACGGAUUUUAAAUACGAUACCGCGUGCGACGAGUGCGUUUAAAUGAUUAUCGAAUAGAGAGCCAGGAUGUUCGCGUUUAUUUCGAGGAAAAAGGAUCCUUGUUCUUUUUUUCUUUCCUUUCCUUUCCUUUCAAUCUUUUAAACACUGUUGUAACUUGCUGUAACAGGCAAACAACCAACGGUCUGUCGUUCCUUCUUCUUCUUUCGGAGCGCGUCAUACAUAUCUUUGGCUCAAUAUAUUAGUUAAAUAGUGUGCGCGAGAUGAAAGAGAUGCGAAUUUUAAUGAAGCGUAGACGACGUAGGUACACGAUGGAAAUGAAAAAGAGAAGAAAAGAAAGAGAGAUAUUCUACGAAAAUUGUUAUUCCUAAUGUCACAUCUCGUCGUAAAAUUAGCGUUGUUGUAUAGAGUAAAUGGACGUGAAAAAUCAAACGUUGCGUUAUCGUGAUGAUAAUACAAAAUAAUAAUGUACAUUGUACACGACGACGACGUUCGUGCUUGAUGAUGAUGAUGAUGAUGAUGAUGAUGAUGAUGAUGAUGAUGAUGAUGAUAAAAGAUGAUGAUGGUGGUGAUGAUGAUGAUGAUGAUGAUGAUAAUGAUGAUAAUAAUAUUAUUAAUGAUAAAAUAUUAUGUGAACCGAUUUAUGUAUGUAUGUUCAAGGAACGCGUGAAGCAUCGUCGUAGGCUUUUUUUUUUUUUGGUUUCGUGUAAAGAGGCGAGUGCUCAGUCAGGCUGUGAAUGUAAGGUCUGGGCAUCGCUCCUGAGAAGACGUAGCUUUUUCUUUUCAGCUUCGCUUUCAGUUUCUUCAGAUACGUAAUAUUAAUAAUAAUAAUUAUAAUGAUAAUAAUAAAGAAAAAAAAAAAUUCAUCGAGAGCGAUGUUAAAACGUGAAAGAAAUAGAGAGGGGGGAGAGAAAAGCAAAAGAAAGAGAGGAUAGUUUAAUCUAUGACGUCGUUUUGGGGAGUGAUAAUUAUUGAAACGUUUAAAAGAAAGGUUAUAUAUGAAAAAGAAAGGCUAUAUGAGGAAACCUCGAAUCGAUUUUAAUUAUUUAAAAAAAAAAAGAAAAAAAAAGAUAAAAUGGAACAGAGAUAAAACUACACUGUUAGUAAUUUAUAGUGACUCUCAUGUGAUUAGAAAAGAAGAAAAUUAUGUCCUUUAAGUGGUGCGACGUAAUGACACAAAGUUAGCGAGAGAGAGUGAGAGAGAGAGAGAAAGAGUGAGAGAAUGAGAGAGAGAGAAAGAGAGAGAGAGAGAGAGAGAGAGAGAGAGAGAGAAAAGUGAAUCUUUAAAAGGCGACUCAGUAAAAAAGCGCGAGUGUGAUUCGAUGAAGGUACUGGGAUCGGUGAGCACCCGAUAUAUAUAUAUAUAUAUGUAUAUGUGUAUAUAAUUCGAAUGUUCACUCUCCGGAUAUAGAAAAGAAAAAGAAAAAAAUAGACUCGUUAUCACGCUCACGAGAUGCAUGUACCUUCAUUUUUAAUUGAUCGUUUAAUUAUCCUACUAUUUGUACUCUUACUACUAUAAAUCGUCGUUUUACUACUACGAUUAAUUCAGUUCGAUCGAUCGUAUAUCGCUUCAUAAUAUCGCUGUUGUUACUUCCUUUUUUUGCCCCCGUUUUUUUUAUUCGUAUCUUUCCGUUUUUUUUUUCCUUCCUUUUUUUAUUACAUUUAUAUCGUAUUAACUCCUGCAAACCAAAAGUACAAGAUUAGCUGUUAAAAAAAAAAAAAAAGAAAAAAAAAAGAAGAAAAAGAGAAAAGAAAAAAAUAGAAAAGAGAAAAGAGGGCCGAAGAACGUGACGCGCAGAUUUUCAUCGUCCUUUCGAAACAUAUCAUCGAAUCGUCGUUCAUUUCUCCCGUUCCCGCUCCCGCCCCAGCCCCCUCUGCCCCUUAAAACGAGAGGAAAGUCACAUCGUUCGAGAUCGAGACGCGAUUGAGUUUAGAUUUUGAACGAAUGAGGAAGAAGGAGAAGAGCAAGAAGAUGCGAUCACAGUUUUAUCGCAUAUUGACGACCAAUUUUAUAUACAUACUCUUCGACGAACGAUUUUGCAGGAGCGUAAUGCCAAUGUCCGUAAUUUUACAAGCGCACUACGAUUACCGUGUAUAAAUAUAUUUUAUUACCGUACGAUUUUUCAACCAAAUAAACUCGUCGAGAUCGUUUUAGGCCAAUCGAUGCGAUAGGUAGAGCACAGAGAGCUGAUCCAAGUAAGCUCCCAAAUCCCUCCUCUCCCUCUGCCCCUCCCCCUCCCCUCCUACUUCAGCUAGAGAGGUUAAUUACAUAAUUAUCGUCCGGUUAACGAGAUCGAAUGAAUGUCAUCAUUCGAUCGAAUAGAGAGAGAGAGGGGGAGAGAGAGAGAGAGAGAGAGAGAGAGAGAGUCCUUUUUUGCGUCCUCUCUUUCGAGCCAAUUCCAAGGCACGUCGAACGACGACGAUUAUUAUUGUUUGUUCAAUUUAUAUUUAUAGAAUAGCUUUUAGAUCGAAAAUUCGAAUAUAAGAAAGUCCGUAGCUUUUGGCGCGACGACAUAAAAAUGACUUAGGUGCUCGUCGUUUGGCGUCUAUCAAGAAACGUGCGCGUUCACGUUACGUGCGUUCCGCUCUCUCAGCGUGUUCGAGCAAAUUAACCCGCGCCAGAAAGAAAAAAAAAGAAAAAAAGAAAAGAAAAAAAAAGAAAAAAAGAGAUACACAAAAAGAAGAAAAAAAGAAAAGAAUAUCGGCGACCCGAUGCCGACCGAGAAUUAUUUCCUCGAGUAUCAAGUAAGUUUGUAUUUGUCGCAAAUCGAUGUGCCCCUUUUUAAACUAAUUAUCUCUCUUUCAUCGUCCCUCAUCGCUCACUCUUCUUCCCGCGGCUCCUUCAUUCUCGACCCUUCGUACUUUCCCAAGGUAAUCCCUUAUUUUAUUCCUCCUCGCUCCUACUACGUUCAUUCGCUUAAGUGUGUGUGCGUUUAAACGAGAAACUGCGUAUCGUCCAUGCUUUAACGUAUGGAGAAAUAAUGUGGAAAAAAAGAAAACCGUGCGUUGUUCUGUGUAAAUUUUGUACCAUAGUUUGUAUUAAAUAAAAUACAUUGUUUAUUGCUUGAGAAAA